GGAAGGGUGACUCUCAGAGGGUCCGUCCCUCUCGGCCUCGCUCUUUUCACCUUCUACAAACCGAACCUUGAACUUUAUUGGAAACUCUGAGAGAAGAAACAAAAACAAUAUCAGAGUAGGAAGGAAGUGCACGGCCGCUUUUCUUUCAUUUCUCAGGUGGGGAAAAAGGUUUUGGUGUAUAUUUAGACCUGGUGUGAUCCUGUUUACCACUCGUGGAUUUGAUCAUUGUUUCCAUCCCAGUCAUAUUCUCCCACAAUCGACUGGGGCCAAAUAGGAUUUAACAAAGGAGUUACAUGGUUGUUUCUAUGGUAAUGCUGCAUUUGCCAAGCCUUUGAAGAACUGAAGGUUAUCACUGACUCCAGCAAACUCCAAGCUCUCUUCACCAAUGAGCAGUCAGCGCAGCAGCAGGAGGGCGGGCUCCUCUUCUGAGCCCAGCCAGAGGACGUUUUUAGAUGAUGUCAUUUUGACCUUUAGCUCCCCGAUGGCCUGGGUGCUGGUCGUGGCCCUGAUCAUCACGUGGUCGGCCGUGGCCGUCGUUCUCUUUGACCUGCUCGAUUACAAGACUCUAGCAGAGUUCACGUCAUACUGUGACGACCCCGUGUGUUUACCUCCUGGUCUCCCUCCUCCUGCUGUUGGUAAGAGAGUUUUGCGAACAAGAGGUGGUGUUCAUCCAAGCAAGUCAAGUUCUGCUGGAGCGGCUGAGGUCACAGCUCAGGGGAGCAGUGAUUGGUUGGAGCUGAUGUGGUCGUUUUGCAGCCAGUUUGUUGGCUCCAGAUGAGGAAGAAGAAGGUAUUCACCUGCUAAAUGAAAGCCUCACAUCGUUCCUUUCUGAGGCGUUGUGAUGGAGGACAGCUGCUUCGGAAGACAAUAACAGACAAACACUAAAACCCAGACAGACAAGAAGAAGAGGCGAAAUGAAUGUGGAAGAAAGGAUGCAGAGGAAGGAAAGGAGGAAAGAAAGUGGUGUGUAAAAUAAAUACAAACUGAUAAACCAUUUUUUUCAUGUUCCCCAUCAGCACAAUGUCAACAUUUCAAGAUUUUGUUGACCUCAUGAGUUCACUUAUGUACAAACCUGCAGUGACAUCAUCUAAAGGACUCUGUGAUUAUUAUUAACCGCUUCCGACUGUUUUUCUUUCUGUUGAUUGGCUGAUCAUUACAGCACUUUUCACAACAUAAUAAAAUAUAUAAAUGUGUGCACAGCCGAGCUCCUGUCAGGGAAUUUAAUCACCGUUUAAAAUCAACAACAUGACAACAAGCACAUUAGGUUUACAUCAUUUACAGACACUUUCAGUGCUGAUAUUGCAGACUCUUAAUAGUUUUUUACAAGCUGCAUAACUGCGGCUGGAAAAAAGCUAAUGAGGACGAAGAUCACAUGCAGCCACAACAGCUGGUGGAAACCAAAUGAGGAGCCAUGAACAUUUUUCUAACACCACCGAUUACCCACUCAACAUGCAAA